CAAAAAUAUAAUAUGUAUAGAUCAUCUUAUUACGAAUCUGAUUAAAAGGACAUAAUCAUAGCAUAAUUAAAAGCAGAUAUCUAUGAGGCUCAAAAAUAAUAAGAAGAACUAGAGUUGCUUGAAUAAGAAAUGGGAAAAUGGGAAGUAAAAAUCAAGAUGGCCAAUGAAGAAAAAGUUUUAUUGUAUUCUUAUUACAUAGUUAAUCAUUGAACAUGAAAAUAAACAAAAGCAUGAAUAAUGUAUUGCAUAGAUUUAAAUGAUGACUUAAGAAAUAAAUUAAUUAUCAAAAAUCUUGAAAGAAAGACAUUUAGAUCAGGAGAGAUAAAUUAUAUAAUAAAAAGAAUUAGAAGAAAUUAAUGAUUAAAGAUAACUUGAAAUUUAACAAGCGAGGAAAUAGCUGAAUAAAUUAUCAGAUUAAGUUAUUUAGGAAUCAUCGAUGAUGGAAAACUUAUAACAAAAACUUGAGGAAUUUGAAUAGGAAAGUUAUAAUGCAGAAAUAAAAAACAAAGAGCAAAAUAGGAAGUUGAAUGAAAUUUAAUAAAAGAAUAGAAAAAUUGAAUAAGAUUGCCAAAUAUUACAAGAUCAAUUAAUAUAAUUAUAAUAAAGUGAUUAGGAAUAAGAAAUAAAUAAAGUAAGUUAUAAAAAUAAAUUAGUAUUAAUAACAAUUAGCCUAUACUAAUGAGCAAAUAAAAAAAAUUGAUUAGGAUUUUCAACAAGAAAAAUAAAACAAUAAAUCUACUGAGUAAUAAAUAAGUCGUAUGAAUCAUGAUUUAUAAUAAAAUGAGAUCGAUUUAUAGAAAUAAAGAAAAUUUCUAAUAAUGGAAUAAUAGAAAAAGGAUGAAUUGAAUAAGAAAAAGAUAUAAUUACAAAAAGUUCAGAUGCAUCGUUAAGAAUAAUAUUCUUAAGCAGAUUAAGAGUUGAAUAAAACUAAAAUGGAUAACCAAACAAUUAUCAAUGAUAAUAAUUGUUAUAAAACUAAAUUGAAAUAACUUUAGACUCAUAUAGAUAUCUUAAUGAAGGUUAAUUAGGAAUUAGUAAAUGAAUUAGAACAGUAUUGUGGAGAUGAUUAAAAAAUAAAAUAAAUUCUGAAUAGAGCUGCAAGAGUAAAAGAACUAUAGCUAAGAAUUGCUUAAGGUAAUCGAUUACUUAAAAAAUGA